AAUGACAUUACCAAGUGGUUUAGACGAUUUUCCUCGAGCAUCAAAUCCGUCAUGUGAAGAAUACCAUCUAGAUUUGCGUUGUUGGAUGGCUCUCAGUUCAAAAAUACUAAGACAAUUAGCUGAAACGUUCGACGAUUCCGAUUGGGUGCCAAUAGUAGAAGAAGAUAUUAAAGAAUUUGGAGAUAUUACAACACUUGAUAAACUUCAUUGGAAUGAGAAAAAACAGCAAUAUUCUGAUUUUGGUUUGCAUAGUUAUAAAUUUAAGAUGGUUCCUGUUAAAUUAAGUGACCAAGAAAUACAAUUACAACGAAAAAUAAUUGAGGAACCUCAUCUACGCUUUGUUGAUGAUGUUUUUGGAUAUGUUAAUUUAUUUCCUUUACUUCUUAAACUUUUGCCUUCUGACAGUCCAAAAUUGGGAAUAGUUUUGAAUUCAUUAAAUAGAACAGAGGAUUUAUGGACAAAUUUUGGUCUUCGUUCACUUUCUAAAAAAUCUUCAUAUUAUAUGGUUAAGAAUACAGAACAUAAUAAACCUUAUUGGAGAGCGCCUAUUUGGAUAAAUAUGAAUUAUUUAACUUUGGAUGCUUUAAAUCAUUAUUCAAAAUCUGAUGGUCAAUAUGCACAUUUAGCAAAUGAACUUUACUUCCAACUUCGUUCAAAUUUAAUACAAAAUAUAGCAAAUCAAUAUUCAAAAACUGGGUUUUUCUGGGAGAAUUAUAAUGAUACAAAUGGUGAGGGGCUUGGAACACAUCCAUUUACGGGUUGGACAACUUUAGUUGUUAAUAUUUUAACUAAUACAUAUGAUUAA